GUCCUGGUUCCUGACAUGAAUGUCAUUGUUAUCCAUCUUAACAGAAAUUCAUUUUCUAUGAAUUUCAUUGAUUUUGUUUCUAAACAAAAAUGAUUAAUACCUAUCCAACAUGUUUAUCACUUUUCAUGAUAUUGAUGAUGGUGAUGGCAGACAAUAAUGAUCGUAUCAAAUUAAAAGAUAUUCAAACAUUGACAUUAUAUGCGGAUCGUUUGACUGAAGCACGACGAUCGUCACCAAUCAAGCAAUUAACAUGUAUUGGUGAUUAUUGUGAUGAUUUGCAAAUAUCCACAGUUCAAUGUUAUAACGGUGGUAGUUUGGAUGAGCACGAUCCAUCCAUACAAUGGAAAUGCGAAGCUGAUAUGCCUUGGCAAUAUCGAUUUGGACCAUAUGAUGUCAUUUGUGAAAAUUAUCAUUCGCCUGAUGAUAAUGAAUUUAUUUUAGCUGAUUCCUGUGCCAUGCUGUAUACUAUUGAAAAACGUUACCAUUCUGAUCACCGUCCUGGCUUUGAUGAUGGAAAUUCUAUCGACAUUAAUUAUGAUAGAACCAAACCCAAACCCUAUAGAAGACAAUCAUCACCAUACAUGACGUUUAUAGUAAUAGUAUUAGUCAUUAUUUUAAUCACUAUUCGAUAUUAUCGUAAAUUAUGUUCUAAUCUUCAUCAUCCCAGUAAUCUUUCAUCAGCCGAACAACCACCACCAUCAUCAUCUAGAUAUCGUUCCUAUCUCUUUAAUAAUCCUAAAUUUUUCAAAAAACAACAACAACAACAGCUAGCACCACCCAUGGAUUAUAGUUAUCCCCAAAUCAAAUCACCAGCAAAUGUUGUUGAAUCAGAAAAUGAAAAUCAUCAUAAUAUUAUAUCCAGUUUAAUAAUCGGUAUGGCAGCUGCCGGUUAUAUGGGCUAUGUUUAUGGUUCGAAUCAAAACCCAGAGCUAACCGCCGAUGAUAAUGAUGAAAAGAAUAAUUCAUUCACAAUCAAUGAUACAGCCGUCGAUUUAUCCAACGUUGGUGUGGAUGCAUUAUUGCACAGUUCAAAAGGUAUUGAUAAGAUAGAAUCCACUUCAUAAUCAACUGGCCAUCAUUUUAAUCUGCAAAGAAUGCUGCAUUUCAGAAAAUUUGUUUUCUUUCAAAUCUUCUCCUUCUUCUUCUUAUGCUGCUGUAGUAUGGUUACCCACCAACAUGGCUUCAAC